GAUUCAGUUCAGUUCAGAUCAGAUUCUCUCUUCUUCCAAUAUGUAUUCCCUCCUCCUCUUCUCCCUCUUCUCCCCCAUCCUCGCCAAUUAUACCUUCCCCACCGGCUUCGACGUGAGCGAGAUUUCCGCCAACACCAAAGCCUCCUGGUGUUUGGGGGAGCUUAAUUCGUGUCCAGAGCUCUGUGGUGGUUCUGCCCAGGUCAAUCACUGCGAUUCGUCGACGCUGGAUUUCACUUGCACCUGCUCCAAUGGCUCAACCGCCGAUGUAGCCCUGUAUCAACAGACCAUCCCCUUUUAUGUCUGCCAGGCCAACUACGGUCAGUGUAUCGCCCGUUCCUCCACUCAGGAGGAAGAUGCGACCUGUAAAGAAGGUCUCAGUGAGUGCGGGACCUUGAACGCGUCCAGUGUCAGCACCAGCACCAGCACCAGCACCAGCAGCAGCACCACCACCACGGCCACGCAGACUUCAACCGCGACGGAUUCCGCCAGCACCACCACCACUGCCGCUUCGACUACCCAUACCGGUGCCGCUGUCCAGCUGCUGCAGAAUCAUGGAGUGGCUGUCUUUGCCACGGUGAUGUUGGGCGUGUUGGUGGGGGCUCUGUAGUUUUGUUUUUUUUUUUUUCUUUCUUU